AUGCGAUGGGCCAUGGACGUCGUCGGACCGCUCAAGAUCCCGCAGAAACGUUUCAUCCUGAUCGUCACGGAUUACUUCACCAAGUGGGUCGAGGCCGAAUCAUACGCCAACAUCAGGGCCGAAGACGUCGAGAAGUUCGUCUGGAAGAACAUCAUCUGUCGGCACGGCCUCCCCUACGAGAUCGUCACGGACAAUGGUACCCCAGUUCACAUCGGCAACAUUCGAGAAAUUCUGCGCAAGUUGGAACAUCCGCCUCAGCAAGUUCGACUCCCCGAUACCCGCACAAGGGAACGGCCAGGCCGAAGCCACGAACAAGACGAUCCUCGCCGGAAUCAAGAAACGGCUCGAGGAUAA